AUGGGAUGGAGUCAGAGGGUGUUGGAGGCGGAGGAGUUAGCCUUCAUCCUACAGAACAGCAACGCCAGUGGUCUCGUGUCUGAGGCGAAGACUUUGGAUGAGAAUACACCGCUCGCUGAUAUCUACUCCUUGGAGGACCAGAAUCGCAAGAAGAAUGUGGUGGUGUUACUGGAUGCUAGUGUCAUUCUCGGUUUUUGGGUUUCGUCACCGUCGCCACUAGCUCCGCGAUGCUACGUACUGGGAUGGGAUCUCUGCCGCCGUUCGUGUUGGUCGACCGAGUAUCAUCUUGCUGCUGAUGGUGAUGUGCUACGGCUACUGGAGGUUGUAUGA